AUGCCAGAACACCUCAGUGUCACCGCCAUCCUCAGUGGCAUGGCAGACGCUCUCCCUACACAUCCUCCCAGCGAUAACUCAUCGGAUCUCGCAUCGUCCUACGAAGCCAUCGCUCUCCUCAUUCAUUCCUACUUGGCCGCUCUUGGAUUCAAGCUUCAAAGCUUUGACGAGGACAAGAAACUACGUAACUUUUUAUACUCGUACAAGCAGUCGUCCAUGGCUUUCAGUAUCCGUGUCAAUCCCAUGGGUAAAAAGGUCGAGAUCCUGGGACUGGCGGUUGGAGAUGACAACAUUCAUCGUUUUGAGCGAUCUGUUGGCGAAGUCGUGAAGUCUAAUGAACUCCCCAUUAGCAUUACAAUUAAGGACAAUGAGGAAGAUCGAAGUGAUCUUGCUGAAAAGCUUCGGGGCUUAUUUACCUCGGAGCUAGCCAUCGCUGAUAUACUUCAUGAUCUCAAAGUCCACAUCAUCCAGAAAUUAAUUCCUAAGCUUCGAAGCGAAGGUUAUGUCGAGCCCGCUGAAGCAGAAGUCAACACGCGCUCCGAGCGCAGGGCCCAUGUAGCGCAGGGCCCUAACCGACCUUGCCAUGGUGAUCCCAUUCUAAACUCCUAUAUGCUCCCGCCUCCAGCGAUUCCACGCCCUGAGAUGGCCCGUCCUCGACCUCAUCAAGUAGGCGACUUUCCCCCUCCAGGAUUUGAGGAUGAGUAUGAAAUGAACCGGCCUCCACGAAGCGGCCUUCAAAUGCCUGGUAAAUCGCCUUACAAUAUUGGCCACGAUGACUUAAAUCCGCCUGGUCUUGGCCCCCAUGAUCCUCUUCGUGGUUCGUGCACCGGUGGGUUACCUCGACACGGUGGUGGCUCGGUUAUGCCUCCCACCUUUGAUAACCUAUUAUUUGGAGGUCAAGGAGGCGAUGAAUCAUCCGGCUUCGAUCCUCAAGUGCCGCCUGGAGCGCGAUGGGAUCCCACUGGACCUGGUAGAAACCCAAGAUUCCCUGGUCCUAGUAACGGAAGGGGAAGCAAUCCAUUUGGCGGAGACAUCAUUUAA